GAACAAACGGAGAGGAGCUCAAGCCUGGCCUUCCCCUACGGUAUCUGCAAAAGAGACCAAAAUACAACUCACUCACUCUUUCUCUGCUAAGGCCAGAGCCCGAGUCACGACUCGACAAAUCUCCUCCGACUCGGAGCCUCUCCUUGUAAGGUAGAAAACAGAAAUGUUUCUUAAAGUACAAUUGCCAUGGAAUGUGAUAAUUCCUGCUGAAUGUCUGGAUGCAAAAGGCCUGAUGCUACAAAGGUCAAUCAUAAUUCGCCUGUUGGAUGCCUUCUCAAAUAAGAAAGCCACCCAAGAGCUGGGUUACUUCCUUGCUGUGACAACUUUGGAGAACAUAGGGGAAGGAAAAGUUAGACAACACUCUGGGGAUGUUCUAUUUCCUGUAGUUUUUAGCUGUGUCACUUUUAAGCUUUUCAGGGGAGAGAUUUUAGAUGGAGUAGUUCACAAGGUGUUGAAGCAUGGGGUGAUCCUGAGAUGCGGACCAGUUGAAAAUAUUUAUCUCUCUUGUCAAAAAAUGCCGGAUUAUCGCUAUGUGCCAGGGGAAAAUCCAGUUUUCUUGAAUGAGAAACUGUCAAAGAUAGAAAAAGAUGUUGUGGUUCGUUUCAUUGUGAUGGGGACAAAGUGGCUUGAGGCUGAACGGGAAUUUCAGGCAUUGGUGAGCUUGGAGGGUGAUUACCUAGGCCCUCUUUCUGAUUGAAGCUCCCCCUCACUUUUUAUAUCUUUCAUGUUAUCUGGGUAGCAUGUAUAGACAAUGUUUGAAACUCCAUUUUGCUAGACCUGUGAGGUUAUCUACAUGUGUAAAUGUUGUUUGCUGUUCAUUUUUAUUCUAUGAUCAUCUUUUGGA